AUGGAAAUGCUUGGGAAACGUGCAUCUCCUGAGGUCGCUUCGACGUCUGAUGUGGCCCUUCUUGUGAAUUCCUUCACGGAGCUUGAGUUGAGCAGAGACGGCCGCAAGACCUUGACGGCAGAGGUUUUGAAGACGCUGGACGAGGAAGUGACCUUUCUAGUGCGUUCGUCGGUGUCCCGUGGCAAGUACUAUGGCUGCUCAUGGAGCAAGGCCAUGCUGGAAGCAUUAGAUCCGUCCGUGUGGCCCCUGCUGGACGUACACAAGGCGUUUCGAGCAAGUAGGGUUCUUGCCAACGUCGUUGUCCUUGCGCCGCUCCUAGCCCUUGACGACGUUGAAAUUGCAUUGCUCCAUCAAGGAGUCUUGGGAAAGACUCGGGGCAGCCCCAUGGGCCCUACAGACUUCAUGGAAGCAACAACCUCCCAGCUCAUACAUGUCGAACUCGUAGCGAGCGCCCUGAAGAUUGAAGGCAUGAGAGAAGCCAUCGAUGUGGUCCUCACAUUGAGGGGGGCGUAUGCGCCAAAGAAGCGACGUCAAGAGAUGUCUUAG